AUGCAAGGAUUGCUAUCCUUGAAAUCUGACCAAAGCAUCGUUGUUGUUCACGCUGACAAAGGUGACGCUACUGUUAUCAUGGACAAGGAAAAUUAUGUCAAUAAAGCGAAUGCAAUCUUCAGUGACACGGAUGCUUACACUCUCCUGGCCGAAAACCUGACGAAACAGCAAGCUGCAGCCAUCGAGAAGAAGAUGAAUCAGCUCGCUCGCGAAGAAUGA